CUUGCACUUAGGCGCGCGCUGACGCGCCAUGUAAAAUUCAACGAGGGCGCAUCCAAGGGUAUACAUGGCCCGCUAUCCUCUUGAACUCUAGAUAGUUCAACAACGUAUCACGGUCGGGUUAGUUACGACUGCCCCACUUUGUGUAAGAGCGCUCUAAAGCACAACGAGCGUGCCCCUAGAACCCCGAUUUCUGGUGCUCCAGAUCCCCACGCAUCGCAAACACUUCCAACCUGCCGGACUUCCUCUACUCCGCUAUCCGUAGCAAUGGAUGUUUGCAAAGACAUCGAUCAAUAUGCGCAGUUCAUGCAAAAGCAAAGGCGCGUGCUCCAGGACGCCAAGAGCAAGCAAGGCCAGCGUCCUCGCGAUCGCAAAGAUAGAGACAAAAUGCUGUUUGAGUUCAUGAUGGCGUCGAUGUCAACUGUACGAAUGAGUGGUAGGGCUAGUAGCAAUGGCGAACAACAGAUACAGUCGUCGUUCGUUCCAUCAGCUUAUCCACCUUGCACCACCCCUCUCGACGAUUUGAAGUCUAUCAUGAUCGAAGACCUCCUACUUGAGACGCAUCACCGCGGUCGCUAUCUGACGUUGAGAGCCAUCACGCCGCCGAAUCGCAUGACAGCAAUUUUGGUCAUCGUGGAAGACGAACGCGAGGAUGUCACAUUAUUGCAAAUGUACCAGCAGGAGGAUGAGACCAGUCAUCCAGCCGUUGAUGUCGUCGAUAAGGGCUCGAUACUUAUUGUUAAAGAGCCCUUCUUCAAGGUUACGGCAUCUGGAGACUACAGUCUGCGAGUGGAUCACCUUUCCGAUAUCAUAUUCCUCACCGACGAGGAAACCAUGACUCCCACGUCGUGGAGACCGAGACUGCGAGAGAUGAGCAGAACAGCGGAUUCAUUGAAGCUGGAGGGGAACAUACUCGUAGGGAGAGGGAGAUACUGGCGAGCUAUCGAAAAGUACUCGGACGCUCUAGCCCAAACAGCUAUGCCCAAAGAAGUCGAAGUGAUCAGGCGGAACAGAUCACUCGCAUACCUCAAAACCAAACAAUACGAUGCUGCGCUUGCUGACACCGGCUACCCAUCCUUCAGCGAAGAGCCGUCGGAGAAAGGAGUGUUCCGUGCAGCUGAGGCACUUUACCAUCUCGCUCGUUAUGAUGAUUGCCGUCAAACUCUCGAAAAACUUUGCGAACACUUCCCGGCCAACAAAGAAGCAGUUGCCACACUUACUCGUGCUCAACGUCGAUGUGCUGAGAGUAGCACCGGUGAAUUCGACUUCAAACUUCUCCAAGCCGAAGCAAAGAAGUAUCGUCCUCCUCAUCUCGAUCAUGCUACGUACGUGGGUCCGCUGGAGGUUCGGAAAGUGAAAGGGAAAGGCCGUGGCUUGUUUGUUACCAAGCCCGUGAAAGUUGGAGAUCUGCUCCUCUGCGAGAAAGCAUUCAGCCAUGCUCAUGUUGACGAAGAGAACGAAGGCAACGCACGCAUUUCUCUUUUAAUGAACGUCGAGACGGACAAAGGCUUCUUGGGCGGCCAGGCUGAUCUCAUUCAGCUGAUCACGCAAAAAACGUUCAAAAAUCAUUCAACGGCCUCUGCUUUCACCGACCUCUAUCAUGGCGCUUAUGGAGCUGUUGAUGCAGAAUCCGUUGAUGGACAGCCAAUUGUAGACACUUUCCUCGUCGAACGAACAAUGACCCUCAACGUCUUCGGUAGUCCUAUCACAAGCCUGAAUAGCUACAAAAUGCUCAAAGAUAACAAGGAAUCGAAGGAAAAGGCACACCAUUCCUGUGGCAUAUGGAUCAAAGCCUCAUACAUUAACCACAACUGUCUCGGCAACGUCCGUCGGUCAUUCAUCGGCGACAUGAUGAUCGUACGCGCGAAGAAAGACAUGGAAGCUGGUAUGGAGUUGUCGUUUCCAUACGAGGCCCCGGAUGGCGACUACACUUCCAAGAUUGGUCAAAAGUUCAAGAACUGGGGUUUCGUCUGCAACUGUGCCCUGUGCGAGGACAUCAAGAGUACUAAAUCUUCUGAAGUCACCAAGCGGCGAACCUUGUUCGAGCAGUUGGAUCGACUCUGUAAGUCGUCGUCGUCGAGAGGAAAUGCUUUCAAUGCAAAAUUUCAACGUUUGCUUGAGGCGCUAAACGAAACCUAUGCUCGUCCGGCGGAAGAGGUGCCUCGACUCCUGCUCUGGGAUCCGCAACUGUUGUUGACCCGAAUCUACAUGAGACAGCCUGAUCUUGCCAAAGGCCUGGAAUCAGUGGGUAAUGUCCUCCGGAUUCUGGGCUUCAGCACUACUGGGCUCGAUCGCACGCCCGCAGCUUUCGUGGUCACAAGGUGGGGUCAUAUAGUGGACCACUUGGUGGAAGCUUUCCUACAUGCACGAUUGGCACUUGAGCAGUUGAAGUUGGGGGACAAGGCGAAACAGGCGGAUCUGUAUGCACGUCUGGUGUAUCGAGUGGUGGUUGGGGAAGAUGCGUCUUUUGAUAAGACGCAUCCUAGGUCUUCUUAGGUUUUCGAAGAAGCGAAUCGCAUGCGUUAUAGAGUAAGCUCAAUCAUGUAGCGGUUUC